AAAGCCUUGCCCCUACCGGAAGUAGCGUGACGUGGACAAUUGAACAUAUCCGCAAAGCUCCCUAUUGUUUGCAAUGAUGGCCGCCAGAUCUGAGAGCGAUUCUGACCGAGAUAGCGACGAUUUCUCCAUUAAUUUGAGCGAGGAUGAAAGAUUUGUGGAUGAGGAAAGUGCAAGUGAAGGACUAGUGGGGAGUGGAAGCGAUUCAGAUAGGGAAGAAGCUGUGAGAGGGAUAGAGCCAUAUCGCUUUGAACCCGACGCUGAUGAAGACGGUCAGGAGGACGCUGCUGCUAUUGAUGCUGGAGGAGCACACGACAUAGAUCGCCUUGAGAAUACAGAAUGGUGUACAUGUCAAAACUGUGUGAACAUGGAGACAGUGGCUGAGUGUGUCUGCUGUAGUGAAAUAGAGGCAGUGACCAGAACGAUGGAGGAGGAGGGGGUGAAGACGUGCAUCAUAGACCACCAUGGCUUUCCAUCUGUGUGUCUGGAUGAAUGGGUGCUGCAGACAGCGUAUAACGCCUACAAACAGCAAUAUGGCAUGCUGCAGCAACAGCAAAAUGAGCGGAGACGACACACAGCCUAUCGACAGUUUGUCCGCUUCUGCUGGGGAUAUCUGGGAAAGGACAUAAGGGUGGUACUACCAGCUUGUGUAGUACAUAAGAUUAGGACAACAUUCCCAUCGAUGGACUACACGGGGUUCCAAGACGUGCAGUGACUGCAACAGAAUCUACAUGGCCACUGUACUUAAUCAAUAAAAUCAAUCAAUCAAUCAAUCAGUCAAUCAAUCAAUGUUUAUUUAUAUAGCACUAAAUCACAAAUGUCUCAAAGGGCCGCACAAGCCACAACGACAUCCUCGGUACAGAGCCCACACACGGGCAAGGAAAACUCACCCCAGUAGGACGUCGAUGUGAAUGACUAUGAGAAACCUUGGAGAGGACCGCAUAUGUGGGUAACCCCCCCCCUCUAGGGGAGACCGAAAGCAAUGGAUGUCGAGUGGGUCUAACAUAUUAGUGAGGGUCCAGUGGAGCCAGCAGGAGGCCACCCCGAGCGGAGACGGGUCAGCAGCGCAGAUGUCCCCAACCGAUGCACAGGCGAGCGGUAUACCCCGGGUCCCAACUCUGGACAGCCAGCACUUUAUCCAUGGUCACCGGAAUAACCCCUCCACGUGGGGGGGGGGGGCAGAGGAGAAAAGAAAAGAAACGGCAGAUCAACUGGUCUAAAAAGGGGGUCUAUUUAAAGGCUAGAGUAUACAAAUGAGUUUUAAGAUGGGACUUAAAUGCUUCUACUGAGGUAGCAUCUCUAACUGUUACCGGGAGGGCAUUUCACACUUACCGAAGCGACUCCUGUGCUUGGCGAUGGCUUCCUCCUUGUCUGGCUUCUCCAGUUCAUCGCAGAGGAAGGGAGGCACAUCCACAGUGACGCUGAGUGGUGUUCUCUGGUCCGGGGUCUGUCUGCAGCCAGCAACAACCUCCCUGAUCAAGUCAUCUACGUAGCCUGCAAAAUACAAUUGUACAUGUUCCUGCUCACAACAUAAUAUACUCAUGGAGAGUGAAACUUGACAGUAUUAUUAUCAUGAUACAAAGUGUCAAGUGUUUACAUGUUUUGUGUCCUCUACACUUACGGUAUGUUGGCUCUGUCGCGAUUUUCUUGACCACAUGGCCCCCUGCUUUAUACUUCGGGUA